UUAUUAAACUAAAUCUGAACUAAACAAGACCUAAAAAACAAAAAAAUAAAAAAAAACACACACACAAAAUUUCUUGCAAGUCAAAAAAUUCUCAGUUUUACAGUGACCUCUUUCUAACUUCUUGCCUUUUUCGUGUGCCACAAUGCCGACCAUAAAUGUGCGCUUAGCCUUGCCAACGAAACGUAUGUUGGGCCAGAUAUCCUUAUGUGGUGCCUUUCUAUCACUUUCGACGGUUUUGUAUAUGAACUGGAGGCUACAGGAUCGUGUACGUAAUUCGGAUUACUAUAAAUUGGCCAUACAAACAUUAAGGCAACAUAAGGGAGCUGUAGGAUUGCUGGGUGAACCCAUCAAAGAAUCGGGUUUUAGUCUAUCCAACAUGAGGAAUACAUGCGAUGCGCAUAGGGCACAAUUUCAGGUGACAGUACAUGGUACCAAGGACAAGGGUACUGUUUUUUUUUGGGCCUCGAAUAAUCGUCAAGGCGGUUGGCUAAUUGAUCGCUUAGAAUUGGAGACUAAACAAUAUCCUCAUACUCGUUUUCUGCUCAAGAAACCUCAACCUAUGCUAGAGGAGCAGGCAAAAGCGGUAGUCAUUGAAGUGCCAGAGCCCAAACCCAUUUCCCUACCCAUCACCAAGCCAGCAGCGGGCCAAGCUAUGCAGAUGCCGAAACAGUCAAUGGAAAGUGUACCACAGCAACGGGAACAUCAGCCGGAACAACAACCACAACAACAACAACAUCCUGAAUCCCCUCUAGAGCAUAAUUACCAAGAGCAAGAACACCAAGAACACGAAGGUUAUGAGACUCCAAAUUAUCAGCAACCCAAUACGACUUACGCUCAACCAUUGCAUCAACAACAGGGUCAAGAACCAUUGCCAUACAUUCAGACCGCCGAAGGUGGUAGCAUGAAAUGACAAUGCAUUGACACCUCUCAGUCUCACCUGGCCGAGAAUUUUUACACCAACAAUUUUGUCAUAUUGCAAGACACAAAGGGUCAAUAAAAAUAUAGUUCAGAUUUA